CAAAAAUUAUAUUUCAAUAAGCUUACAAAAUUUACCAUGUCCUUGUUGGAGCGGAAGAAUUGCGAAAUAUGCGAUAAGCCGUCAGCUAAAUACAGCUGUCCAAAAUGCGGGAUACCGUACUGCUCACUAGUGUGUUACCGUGACAAGAAGCACUUGGAAUGCACAGAGUGUUUUUACAAGGAGCAAGUAGAGGAAAACAUGCACGCGCAAAAAUCCGACGACCAAACAAAGCAACAAAUGCGCGAACUCCUACAACGAUUCCACGAACAACAAGAACAAGACACCAUAGCAGAAGCAAUAACCGGCAAUCUCAGCAGUGACUCUGAUGAUUCCGAUGACUCCUCCUCCCCAUUGACAUUAUCCAACCGCCUGCGCGGCCUCGAUAUCCACGACACUGCGUACACGGAGGAAAUAUGGAACCGGUUGAGCGCCAAAGAAAAGACCGAAUUUCUUCAGCUUGUGUCCAACCAUGAUCCGGACAUUCUCGAGCCUCAUUGGCAGCCCUGGUGGAUUGAAGCAAAAGUUGCCGAUGUGGAUUGCGUGGUGGACCCACCGGAGAUACUACAUAUUGGUGUGCCAGUGCACAUGUUGGCCAAGAAGGUGCAUCCCAGUGUGUUGUUCCAGAUAAUUCAGAUUACGCUCGCGUACGCAUACAUGAUGAGACACAUGGGUGGGGAUCCCAGGGGCAAGGAUAAUUUACCAGUGUCUUUCGACGACCUAACCACGGUGUCUCCAUUGUUGGCUAGUAAGGAGGCAGAUAUAUAUCAGAGUACACACGAGGCUUUGGUCACCGCCCUGUGUAAUAUCGAUAUGGGAAUGUCCGGCGAAACUAAAUGUAUCUUAUUGGAUGAUGUUUUGGGUAUUUUAAGCAAGGCAGAGUUUAUCGCUUCAGUAUUUUCGGAUUUACACGGUAUUUUUUCCGAGCUGUUGGAUAUUGCUAAGGGGGCUGGUGUGGAGAGAGCAAGGGUGAAGUGUGCGCUGAGGAGGGUGUAUUUCCUGCUUUCGGUUGUUUUGCAGAUGAUCGGGGAUAAGGAGGCGUGGGGGUUUAUGGCAACGGAUGUGGCUAUGCUUCGCAGACGGUUCGAGAGCGAGACACAGGCGAUGUCAACGAGGGGUAAUGCCGGUGAAGCAGAUAUCCAGAUUGCACGUAUAGCUUUGGAUUAAUAAAUAUAAUUGAAAAUAUUAAAACAUUUUA